AUGAAUGGAGAGGCGAUGGAGGGGAACCCAGCACAGGGGCAGCAGCAUGCCGGUAACGGCUCCCACCUCCCUCCCCCUCCCACCAUCACGCCGGCCAUCCCCCCCUACGUGAAGCUGGGUCUGACCAUCGCCUACACCAUCUUCUACUCGCUGCUCUUCGCCUUCAUCUACGCCCAGCUGUGGCUGGUGCUGCGGUACCGACACAAGCGCUUCAGCUACCAGACGGCCUUCCUGUUCCUGUGUCUGCUGUGGGCCGCCCUGCGCGCCCUCCUCUUCUCCUUCUACUUCAGAGACUGUGUGACCGCCAACGCGCUCGGACCCUUCGCCUUCUGGCUGCUCUACUGCUUCCCCGUCUGCCUGCAGUUCUUCACACUCAGCCUCAUGAACCUCUACUGUGCACAGGUUUACUUUAAGGCGAAGUCCAAGUACACACCUGCACUGCUCAAGUACAGACUCCCUCUGUACCUGGUCUUCCUGGGCGUCAGUCUCCUCUUCCUGGUGGUUAAUCUGGUCUGUGCCCUGCUGGUCAAGAUGACCGCCGCCGACGUCAAGACCAUCGUCCUGGUGAGGGUCACCAUUAACGACAGCCUGUUCGUCCUGUGUGCCGUCUCGCUGUCGGUCUGCCUCUACAAGGUUGCCAAGAUGUCACUGGCCAACAUUUACCUGGAGUCAAAGGGGACGUCAGUGUGUCAGGUGACACUGAUUGGCAUCAUGGUGGUGUUACUGUACGCAUCUCGAGCCUGUUACAAUCUGGUGGUGCUCGCCCUGACCGACAUCGAGACCAUCAACUCCUUCGACUACGACUGGUACAACGUCUCAGACCAGGCAGACUUGCGGUCGUCAUUGGGAGAUGCUGGUUAUAUCGUGUUCGGGGUGAUUCUGUUCGUCUGGGAGCUGCUGCCCACCUCGCUGGUCGUCUUCUUCUUCAGGGUCCGGCGGCCGCCUCAGGACAGGAGCACCGCUGGAAUACCAAACCACAUCCUCUCUUCCAGAGGAUAUUUCUUCGACAACCCUCGACGGUACGACAGUGAUGAUGACCUGGCAUGGAGCAUUCCUCCCCAGAAUGCAUCAGCGAGUCUUUCCUCCGACUGCUACGACUGGGGCAGCCGCCACAGCAGUUUCACUGUGCACACCAACAGUGAUGAACAGCGUCUGACCACCACCACCACCACGACCACCACCGCCAACACUGGAGAGCUCCACCCUUACCCAUGACUCCUCUCUCCACUGUACAGCAUCACUCUGCACUUUGACACCGAUCAGUUAUUGUGUUUUUUUUUUAUUAUCACUGAUGCAGAUGUUCGUAGAGUCACAGUGUAGACGUUAGAACAGGAAUGUCUAACAGGGUUACUACAUGGAUCUUAUUCAGGUGCAUUAAAUACUGCAGCGCCCCCCUCAGGAGAAGAAACUCCAAUGAUAGAUCCAUUAAUAGUAAAUCUUAAAAGCUUUAGUUGCAUGUGGAUCAGGAUCUUUAAAUUCAAAUAUACACAGUGACAGACAAUCACGCUAAUUAGUGGUUGGACGCCCAAAUCUGGCCCGUCAAUAUUUGGGUUUUGAAAUAAUUUUAUCUUGAUCCUGUUGCACCACCUGUGGUGAUAUGAGCUUACGUCAAAUAGGCUGUGACAACAAGAAUUUAGCAAACUAUUAAAGGAAAGCUGUGAGUGCUUUUGCACCUUUUGACAAAACCACGAUUGUCAGCCUGAAACUGCCCCAGGGUGUUACCAAGAUGGCUGCCGAAUGGCGAGGCUUGAGGAAGUUUGAACAGCUACAGUUCCAUGAUGAAGACUAUGUGAUAACAUCAAAAGCCAAAGGCUGACCUUGAUGUGAGUCUGUUUGGGCGGAUAUGGACGGGAGCCUGUCGCAUAGAUUUGGGAAAGAAGGAACUCAGGAUAAACAUGAUUUAAAAUGCUUUGUAAAUGACCACAUGGUGGCGCUAGUGAGAUUUCAGUUACUGUGUUUGUCCCCCUCAUCUGAUGGUGAAAAAAACAGUAUUUAAUAUUUUUGAAAAAAGUCUCAACACAUCAACAUGAGACCAGAGCUGACUAACAAAUUAUCCAAAGUGCGUCCUCUGACCUCUGAACGUGUCCGACCUGGUGAUGAUAAACUCGUCCUGACGCUGUGUAGGAACCCUGCAUCUGAGAAUGUUGAUGUGUUUUAGAAUCACAGUAUGUAAACGAUGUUGUGAUGAAUGUUUUAGAGAAUGUUUCUUAGUCAUCUGAGGGAAUAUUUCAAUGAGGAUUGACCAAGUAGUCAAAUAAAUCUGACCUGAUUCUUUUGUUCUGUUUGAAAUAAAUACUCAACUAAAGCUCCAGAUGUGACCGUGACUUUUAGGAUUUCUGUCUUUUUCAAGGUAUUUAGUAAGAGGUAUUUUAUUUUUAACAUUUAACACAUGGAGACCGACAGACAAACAAUUUGAUUUCCUGUCCUGAAUAAUUCUUGAAAAACGUGAGUCAUUCUUUGAGGUGAGAGACAAAACCAAGUCAAAAUCUGUACUUGAUUUAACAGAAUCAAUUAUCCUGUAAAUAUCAAUAACCAGACAGCUGAACACCUCAAUGUACAUUUCAAAAUAUCCACAUUUUAACGAGUCAUUUAAUUCUGGGUUGAGUCUUAUCAUUUUGAAUAAGUUAAAAUUUUUUACCUGUGAAAUUAAAUUGAUCAAUUGAAUAUUUCCAAACUUAUAUAAAAACUCUGUCCAAAUUUCAAAAUCAGAAACAAGUGAUUUAAAGACUCGGCCCAUCGUUAAGUUAUGGUUAAAAUGUUUUGCAGUGUUUUGAUGUUCAGGAAAAAGCUUAAACUCUAUAUUUCUAACAGACGCAGGUUUUGUAAGUUCUUUGUACAGCAGCAGAGUCUCACUGAGACGAUGUAUUUCACUGUUGUUGAGCUUUUGUUGUGUUUGUGGUUCAUGUGUUUGUGACGUGUCGACACAAAAAGCAACUCUAACAAUAAAAUGACAAGUUCUUCUGGUUUUCAUUACAACAAAACUGUACUGACAUCAUCUCUCUUUUUUUAAUUCACUUCAUUUCAGAUCUCUACCGCUAUUGAAUCUAAUCUUUCUGUGCUCAGAUUAAAGAGAAACUGCAGACUUUAACUUGGUUCUUGAGCUGGAAACUAAAUAAUAUGACUCCAAUCAGAACACAUCAGUGCUGGUGUAAAUAAUGACAUUCUUACCAAACUUAUAAACAUACAAAGCAUUUCUAGGAUGAAAAUGACUCUUCACACGACAGGAAAACACUUCUUUCCCUUCAUGUUUUCAGCAUUUUCAUUCAGUUUUUCUUUUUUUUAUGUGCAAAUGAAAAAUGUGCAUAAACACACACUUGGAUGUAAAAGUUCUUACAGACAUGAGGCUGAUAUUUCUCAGUGAAUAAUAACAAAAUGUGAAGAAAAUAUUUGUUUUGUUUUUUUAAAUUGGUGGGAAAAUUUUAACAACCAGAAUUACCACCUCACAGUUGUACACCUCUAGCCAAACAGUCCAGUUAAUUAACGUGUGAAUUCUUGAUUCUUAAGGCAAAACAACAUCUUUUGUACAGUGACCUUGACCUUUAACCUCCAAAAUUUAAUCAGUUCAUCACUGUGCGCCAAAUUUCGAGAAAUCCCCUGAUACCAGUUACCGAGAUAUCACGUUCACGUGAACAGUACAGACGACCCGAGCUUCAAAGAUAAAAACCAAACAAGCUGAGUGAUGUCCAGAAAUAUUUAUUCCUCUUCUCAAAUAAAUAUAAUCAACAGGUACACACAUCGACAUGGUGCAACUAUAUUUAUAUAUCUAUAAUCAUAGAGAUCUGAAAGCAAAAGAAAAAAAUUCAACCUGUGCUGCCUUUUACAAACUGUACAGAUUUGGAUUCAACAUGAGGAGCGUGAAGAUCUGAAGCAGGUUGUUUUUUGUUUUUUUUUCUUUUUCUAAAGUGGCGGUUUAGUUUUAAGGCUGUGGACCGUUCAGGACGUCCAGCUGCUGGAGGACAUGCAAGGCGGCUCAGAGGAGGGAAGGCAUGCGCACGCGCACGCACACACACACACACACACACACACACACACACACACACACACAACA